AUGGAUAGUCAUAGUCAUUAUGUCAACUCAGUCUGUUUCUCUCCUGAUGGUAAUACAUUAGCUUCUGGUAGUGAUGAUAAGUCUAUCCGUCUAUGGGAUGUCAAAACAGGAUAAUAAAAAGCCAAAUUAGAUGGUCAUACU